UUGCCUCGUCCUCACGACAGCAUCACCCCGAUGCUGCUACCGCCGCAUCCAUGUCCCCUCGCGCCGCUCCGCGCCAGCUCCUCCUCCCUCGGCGCGCGCCUCCGCCCCUGCCUCCCGUUCCCGUCCUCUCCUUCCCAUGCUCCGCUCCUCUCCCGAAGCCCUCUUCCCCGAUGGCCUCCGCCGCUUCGCGCCCACGCGCCCGGUAUCGCACACGGCCUCACACCCACACAACUCCUCGGCGAGCCCGUCCGCCGCCGCGGCGCCUUCGGGCUCGACGCGUUCCUCUCGGCCGCGGAGCUGCUCUGCCUCGCGCCGCCGGCAAUCUGCUCGCUGGUCUGCGCCGCGCGCCUCGUCUUCUCGCCAAGUAGCGCCGGCGCGGGGCCGCUGCCGCUCGCGGACGGGAGGCUGCUUGUCCUGCAGUACCUGCUCUUAGUGGGCGCGGUGGCGAUUGGGAGCCUGAUACGGCGGAGGCAGUCGGGGCGGCUUCGCCCGGCGAGCGGUGCUGCGGAGCGGGUGGGGGUGGGAUUGGUGGAGAGGAUGGAGAAGGUGGAGGACAGUGUGAGGGGCAUGGUGGCGGCCGUUGGUGUGCUAUCGAGGACCGUUGAGAAGCUUAGCGUCAGGUUUAGGGUGCUACGGAGGACAUUGAGGGACCCUAUCAGUGAGACAACAAAUUUAGCCCAGAAGAAUUCUGAAGCCACUCGUAUACUAGCUGCACAAGAAGGCCUUCUUGAAAAAGAAAUUGGUGCAAUUCAAAAGGUGCUAUAUGCAAUGCAGGAACAACAGCAAAAGCAACUUGACCUAAUCCUUGCAAUUGGGGAAGCAAGCACGAUACUAGGUGGUGAACAAGACAUGUUAGACGGGGGCAGUGCGAGAUCUUCCAGCACAGAUCCAGCUGCGGAAAUAGAGAACAAACAGGCAAAAGUAAGCUCUGGAGCUGUUACUGGCCACAACAAACCCUGAUUCUAUCAUCUGAAAUGGAAACAAGAAGCACGGAUGGAGUACAGGUUACUUUGGGACGGAUGGAGUACAGGUUAGGCCUUAGGUUGUGUUUUUCCCAACAUUGAGAAACAUGGAUGGUUAGCUCCACGGCAUAAAUGAUAAAGCUGGUUUCGGCAUUUGGAUAGCACUCAGCGAGUACUGGCCAGAAAACUACAGCUUAUCAUGGGAUUUGUACAGGACAAGCUGGCGUGUUCACAAAAUUCCGUAACAGAUAUUUUUGGUGACCUAAUGUUUCAUUUUGUCAUUCAUUUCAACUAAAUGCUUGCAUCACUUUGUACUAACUACAUCCGAGUCAUUGAUGACAUCCAAAUGUUGGUUGAUACAGACAUCAUCGAUCAAGGACUGAUUCCGUUCAUAGUUAACUUGUGUAAAUGUAAAAUUUGUAAUGAUUGGAAUAAUUCGGUGUUGUCAGUUUGGUUUUCAAGCA